UUGGAUCACAGUUUAAAUAGUUAUCUAACAAAUUUAACCUUUAAUUCAAAAAAACUGCACUCCAUAUUACAACCCCAUUUCAUCUCCCCCAUCUCAUCACCCACCAAUUACUCCAAAAACCAUGACUAAACCACAAAACAAAGGCUGUUUCUCAAGCAUUGCACGUCUACUUCUAUGCAAACGCAGUCUCCAAACACACCCAACCGAUCAAAACACAGAGCCCAACACCACUCCAUUCCAAUGCGAUCGUCUAAACAAAGACUUAAUCAACAUCGAAGUCGUCGUCAAUGUCCAAGUCGAAGACUCUCCACCUUCUGAUCUUCCUACUGCUACCACCGGCGGAGCAGUAUGCACUGAUACUGCUCCGCCAGGAGUGGUUGCGAGAUUAAUGGGCUUAAAUUCGUUGCCGAAAACCAACUGGGUUUUCAAAGGAGAGCGAUUACUACAGCAGGAUUUAGCCACUAGAAGCCGGUCAGCAAAUUUUAUGGACUAUGUAGUCGAGUUUGAUCUAGCUCAAGCUGACGACGACACUCAGCAGCGACGAGUGAGAACAUCAGUGUCGUUCCGCGAAGUGCCGACGUUUUCAAAUCAAGAAAAGGAAAAGAACAAUAAUAAUCAUGAUGUGCUGGUUCUUUACUUGGAAGAGAACAAUAAUUCUGGAAAAUUUACUAGUCGAAAAGCGGAAUUCAAGUUGCGUAAACCCGAUUCGAGUCUUGAUCAUGAAGAGAUUAAGCAAAAUGAAGAUGAAAAAAACAAGAACGACAAUACUGAAGAAGAAGUAGUGCUGUUAAAGAAUAAGGACGAAGAUGAUCAAGAUUUAUACGAAUCUGAUGAGUCGAGAAAACUGUCUGCAAUGAAACAAUUUUCAAGAUUCGUUAUGCCCCGUAACAAGAAGAAGGGAAGAUUUAGUAAAUCGAAUGUGAAGAGCCCGGAGAAACCUAUGAAUCAGAAGGAAGCAAUGGCGGAAUCGAAGUUCAUGAAGAAAUUCAAGAAUCAGCUUGCGAGUAAAGAUGUGCAAUCUGAGUGUAGUUCGGAAGAAUCGAGCCCGGUUUCUGUUCUUGAUCUUGAUGAUUAUUUUGAUGAUGAAUUGCCUUGCCCAGACUACUCAUCAAUUGCACGUUCAACUCGGUUAUCCAUCGAUCUUGAGCCAAAGGAAAUAACAAAAAAUGAGUACAAGAAACAGAGUAAAAAAGACUCAAAAUACUACACAGAAAUAGUAAAAAAGCUAUGCAAAUUGAUAGAAGAAGACAUUAAAGAGACAAAAUGGGUGGCAAAGGAAGUGUCUGAAUUCGAGAGCGUUGAAGAAAUUUGCUCAGAAUUUGGGCAGGAAAUAUUGGACACAUUAGUGAAGCAAGUAGUUGAAGAACUUGUAGGAUUUCACUUGAAAUCUUUUAUUGAUGGCAAAGUUUUUUGAAUAUGUAAAUGUAUACUUAUAAGUUGUAUGUCUUUUUUUUUUUGCAGUAAUUAUAGAUUCACAAAGUUUAAGAACA